CAAAUGAAGCGUUUCAUCUAAUUGACAUGUGCUGGCAACAUUAGCGAUAGUGCGUAUGCGGGAGUUCAAGCAACAUGUUGUCGUGGAUGAUCAACCGGAAGCGGCAGCUCGACAUGCAGGAACAAGUUCUGCGUCGGGACCAAGAGGUGAACGCCCUGGAGUACGAGAUGAAACGACGCGCACUCCAGCGGGACAUGCACGACCAGCGACGUCUGGCAGCCACGCGAGGGACUGUCUUCUGCAUCGUGGGCUGCGGCCUAGGCCUCGCGGGUCUCGGCGUAGCCCUCACGUGUACGGGCAUUCUACGGUUCCCGGGACCCCGUGGGGCUCCGUGGCUGGUGACUGGGCCAACUUGCAUCGUCAUGGGCAUCCUGGUCCUUCUGCUCUCUGUCGAAACGAUACUGAAAUGUCGCCGAGCGCAGCGUUUGCAACAGUCGGAUUCCAAAGAAACUUUAUUGGAGAGAGCCAUAUUUUUCCACAAACCUAAAGUGAAGCCGGGCCAGCAGGAUACGGACAUCGACGCCAAAGCUGUCUGUGACAGUCCCAGGAAGCCUUUAGUGUUGGAUCCUCAGAAACUUGUGGAACCUCUGGAGGUAGCAGCUUGAUAUUUAGAAUGUGAUGACUUGCCCCGAUGAAUGAAGUGGUGCUUGCGCACUUUGCGGCUGUGGUGCAGGGCUGCGCGCAGAAGAUUAACGCCCAGAAAGCUAGCAGGAAGGUGCCAUUGACUGUGGAGAUCCGCGCGGUUCACUGCGAGUGGACUGGCAGGCGUAAAUGCGAGAACCAUGUACAUAGAAGAGUAAGAAGUAGUGUGCAGGCUGAUCGUCACUGAGGUUUCCUUCAACAUGAGCGGUUCGCUACCGAGUGCCUUGGCUUUCGCCAUUUAGACAUUGCAACGUGUGCGGUUCUUAGCCGCUGUUGUUAAGACCUUGAACUCAGACACCGGCAUGGUGCAUUUCGCAAAGAAACCAAGCAAACGUCCAAACGUGCAAAGUGACUACACAAAUCCAGUGAAUCACUACGUAACCUCGGAUUACACGUACAUGCCACCUGUGACAGUGUGUGUUUGUGUGUGUGUGCAAGUGGUGACCUCCUGGAACAGCGUAUUUUUAAUACCUUUUCUGCUCUAGCUGCUGGAACACACGCUUGUUUAGUUGUUCAAAACUCGUGCUAUAAGUGUUUUCUGCCUGCCGUUACGUUUCAUUCCGUUAUGCUUAGCCUGAAAGCCAGUGAGGGUGCAUGCAAUACUUGGGUGCUAAUCGCAAAGACGCGCGAGCCAUGAGCCCCGUGGACUAAAGGAAAGGGGGUGCUCUAAAGAAUAUUCGAGAGGAGGGAAAAUCGUGAAGCAAGUGCGAAUGAAUAUGAGAUGCGUUAUGGCCUCUUCAGAUACUUGUGUCACGUAACCCGAGAUGACCAAUGAGAGGGAUUUGCUCGCGCCACUUUAGGAUCCCCUUUGACACACUGCAGGCACAUUCUAUACAGGAAUUAUCAAGACUAACCAACGAGAAUGAAGACGAACGAAAAACUAGCGAUGGCGUCCCAUGACUACAUGCCCGCAGCUUCAGGCGGACUCACUUCUUAAGAAGUCUGUGGGGAAUUUUUGUUCGCAGGGUUCUCGUAAACCUCGCUAAAUUUCUACACGAACCAGGUACAGGCGUGUUCUCCUCGAGUUUAUCUAGGGAAUGACACAUUUUCGAAGGCGUGACGCGAUCCACUGAUUUUUGGCGAAUUAAAGUUUGUCAAAUUUUCAAUACAUGGGAGUCUAUGGGAGAGGUAACAAGAUCGCUUCUCUCGGCCCGCCCGCCCGCGAUAUUCGGGUCAAAAUGAUGUCAUUCCCUACAGUAACAGUCGGGGGAUUGAUCGCAAUCGACAAAUUCGACGAGCUUACUACAGUUUUCCAGAUCCCUGCGAAUGAAAAUGAUGGCUUUGUCGUUUGUUAUCACGUUCUGGACGCUGGCACCGAUUGCAUUACUUCCUAAAGCUCGGGAGAAAAGCGAAGCGAAGAAAACAAUUUUUGGCGACGGUACAGUCAGCUCUCUCCGGAAGCGGGCUUUAACUAGACCGCACGAGUCCGCCUUCAGCUUAAAAUAUCAGACUAUAUUCCCAUCCCAUUUUCGAGUCGCGACAGGUACUCAUACUACACUGUGUCACUCAUUAAUGCCAGGCUAUCGCUUCAUUCAUCAUUGUUAAAUGACAGCGAAUUCUAUAUACCGCCCUGAGUUUAAAGGAACAGUGAAAGGCCCUUCUGAAAAUUUUCCGUUUUUGGCUGCGGCGGAAGCUCUGCAACAAACAACAUGAGCUCUUGCGCAACAACGUUAACCGUGGCUGACCUCUGGCGCGAGGACGAGGUCUCCGAUAUUCACACCCUCUAGAAACCCUUCCCCUCCUUCAGAGAGUCUGUAAGAGAAUGAGUGAGGCUGACGUCACUGCGCGUCGUAUAGAGAGUACGCCGCAUCCGCGGCUGCUCACUACGCUGAUGCUACGUCACGCUGAUCUGAUUGCGUCACGUCCAGGGAUCGUGCCGUGCCUUCAAGAACCCGCCGUAUCGCUCUUGGCUGCUUUUUUAGGGCGUUCUUACAAAAAUAAAGUUCGCAGCGGGGAGUUUAUUUUGAAGCACUCUACGAAAACGAUACGAUAAAGCAAUUGGCUUAUCGUGUUUCCAGAACCGUUAUCGUGAACCCCUUUCGGUUUACUAAAACUCGCUAGUGAUAAGAUACCGUUCAGCGACAACAUUUUGCAUGGUGGCUCCUUGCAAGUGUCAUUUCACUGCUUCUUCGAGAGAUGAACGCCAUUUUCGGAGUAUUUUUCCACGAACUGGAGAGGUGAAACUUUGCCCAAACAUUGUGUGUCAUGAAAUGUAUACAUAGUGCAAACACUUUCUUUGAAUGCUACUAGUCCGGUUACGCUGCACCAUUUUAUACGAUGACAGUAGGAAAAUCUCCCAGGACCACAAGAAACACGUGGCACGUCAAUUGUGUGUACCAGGCGAAGCGUCAAGAUGCUAUUCCUGUAAAACGCUCUUGUGAUGUACUGAUGAUACAUGAACACCACAAGUACUGCAAAGAAAUGCAAUGUUCUUCGCUUAGCAUUUUCUGCAUCAGGUACGAAGAAGAGAGCUUUAGCGCAUCG